AUGCUAGAUCAAAAUAAAAUUGGUCUUCAACAACUGCUUGACUCUCUAAGACUAAAAACAAGAGAUUUGAGAACUAAACUACUACCCAUAAAUUCUUCACUAGUUUCCCUAGAAAACGAAUACCAAAAAUCUAUAAAAUCUUCCCAAGAUAAUCUACCAAUCCCUCCCACCCCUAUAACUAAUCUUUCUGCUAAGAUUUCCUUAAAAAAAUCAGAAUCUCAAAAUAUUUCUAACCAAAUUAAAGCAAUCGAGUCUCAGAUUACCGACUACCACUCUAAAAUCGAUACACUAAACAACCACAUCAAAGAAUACACCUUUAGAAAAAUAGAAAUCGAUAGAAAACUAAAUUUUUUUCAAUCCUUCAAAUAUAAUGCCGACAACACAUUUAUUAAUAAUUUUAAUACCUAUAGCCAAACAAAUAAUUCAAAUUAUAUAAACAGCUUUACUAAUAUCUCAAAUUUUAGCAAUACGGCUGAUGAAGAUACUGAUAUUCAAAAGCUAAUUGACAAUAUUCGUCCUGAUGAAGACAUCAAUGACGGGGUUUUAACUCCAAAAGAAUUAAACAUCACUCUACUAAAACAUCAAAGAUUAGGUCUUUCUUGGUUAACAAGAAUGGAAAAAGAAUCUGCAAACAAAGGUGGUUUCUUGGCUGACGAUAUGGGUUUGGGAAAAACUAUCCAAAUUAUGGCUUUAAUAUUCAACAAUCCUCCUGAAUCUACCGCUACAACCUCUAAAACAAGUUUAAUUGUUGGCCCGGUUGCUUUGUUAAAACAAUGGGAGGCUGAAUUUGCUUUAAAAACAAAACCUCAACAUCAAUUAAAUGUCUUUGUAUUUCAUUCCGGUGAUAAAUUGAAAUCAUUUCGUCAAACUAAAAAAUAUGAUAUAAUUUUAGUAAGUUAUGGAACUUUGGCUUCCGAGUUUAAAAAACACUUUAGCGAUGUAUUAAGGCAGUCCAGAGUUUCCAAAAAAGCUCAUGUUUUGCCCACUCCAGGUACCGGAGGAGAAGAUUAUAAAUCUCCUUUUUAUUCAAAAGAUGCUAUCUUUUAUAGAAUUGUUCUCGAUGAAGCACACCUAAUCAAAAAUAAACUAACACAAAGCUCAAAAGCUUGUGCUGUUUUACGUGCAGAAUACAGAUGGUGUUUGACUGGUACUCCAAUGCAAAAUACAGUAGAGGAUUUAUAUUCUCCCAUCAGAUUUUUAAAGAUUAAACCAUACUGCGAAGAAAAAAAUUUCAGAGAUAAAAUUGCUAUACCUUUAAAGAAUAUAAAUAAAAAUGGUCCUAUGGCUACACAAAUCUUUGAAAAACAAAACGCCAUGAAAAGAGUUCAAGCCUUAUUAAAAGCAAUUUUACUAAGAAGAACAAAGGAUUCCAAAAUUGAUGGCCAGCCAAUUCUUAAAUUACCUCCCAAAAUUAUUAUCAAAGAAACCAUAAAAAUGGAAGCUGAUGAGUUGGAUUUUUAUAAUGAUAUUUCCUCUUUAUCUGCUCGACAUGCAAAAAGAAUUCUUGAUCAUAAAAUUACCGGCUAUGAUAAUAUCUUAACAUUAUUAUUAAGACUUCGCCAGGCUUGUUGUCACGAAAUACUUGUUGAAAUUGGUGACAGAUUAUCUCAAUUGAAAAGUGAAGAUGUUUCAAAUGAAAGUGAUGGAAAUGCUGCCUUUAUUCUUAGAAAUAUGGGAAGGGCUGUAAAGAGAUUAACACAAAACGUAGUUGAUAAAAUAAAAAAUAUGGUCGAAGAAGGUUUGACUUGUUCGGUUUGUUAUGAUGAAAUCUUGACUUCAAAUGCAAUUUUUCUUUCUCCUUGUGGCCACACUUGUUGUAAGGAUUGUUGUGAUGAGUAUUUUCGACAACAUGGAGAAGUCUCUGAUUCAACUGAAUUAAUUUCUGCAAAAUGUCCAGAUUGUCAAUCACUUUGCAGAAAACAGGAUUGUUUUAAUUAUCCUGCCUUUUUGAAAUAUUCAGAGUCACAAAGAAGAAACCAAUCGAUUCAAGUUACCGAGCUGGAAAGUGAAGCUAAGGAAUUAUUUCUUAAAUAUGUUAAUUUAAGUAAUUCAGUUCAAAUGAAAGUAUUUUCAGAUGUUUUCAAAGAAAGAUCAGGAUAUAUAAUUCUAUCAGCUAAAAUGAAAAAGUGUCUUGAAGUUAUCAAAAAUAUUGAAUUAAAACAUCCAGACGAAAAAAUCUUAGUUUUUUCACAAUUUACUUUAUUUUUUGAGUUAUUGACAAAAGUAUUAAUGGAAAAUGAUAUUGAAUUUUUAAGAUAUGAUGGUUCAAUGAGUAUGAACACUCGUGAUGAUACUGUUCGAAGAUUUUACACAGAUUCUAGUAAAAAAUUAAUGCUAAUUUCCCUUAAGGCAGGUAAUGUUGGGUUGACUUUAACGUGUGCUUCCCAUGUAAUUAUAAUGGAACCCUUCUGGAACCCUUAUGUUGAAGAACAGGCAAUGGAUAGAGUCCACAGAAUUGGGCAAAUGAAAACAGUGUAUGUCCACCAAAUUUUAGUUGAAAAUACCGUUGAGGAUAGAAUUAUUCAAUUACAAGAGAAGAAAAGAUCCUUAGUUAAUAGUGCUCUAAAUGAAAGUGGAAUGAAGAAUAUUUCAAAAUUGGGUAGAAAUGAAUUAAGAUUUCUUUUUGGUUUAUCAAAUGGAUUGGCGUGA